GGAAACUUAAAAAGGCAAGCAAGAAGAUGGAACAAUUCAACGGCAUUAUGAACCUUCUCUUCUCUUUCAUUCUGAUCUUCUCCCUUUCCUGAGAUUGAAUAUAUAAUAUAUAUAUACACAUAUUUAAGUUUUCCUUCCAUGCAAAAUUAAAACCUAAUCUGCCAACCUCAGAACAACCACCUCUCUCUUCUUCUUCAUCUAUAAAAGCAACUUUCCUCCUCCUCCAUUCCCACAAUUUAAGUCUCAUAAUUUUGAUAUUUUCAGCAAAGUUUUAAGUCCAAUUAUAUCGCCAGAAAAGAAUAUGGAAGCCUCGGUAAUUGUCGGCACUUUGCUUCUCUUGGCCAGUGCAUUGCCAUUGAUAGCUGAUGCAGAAGAAACCCAUUAUCACGAGUUUGUUGUUCAAGAAACACCGGUGAAGAGGCUGUGCAGAACCCAUAAAGCCAUUACGGUGAACGGACAGUUCCCUGGACCAACAUUGGAAGUCAACGAUGGAGAUAGCCUGGUGAUCAAUGUUAUUAAUAGAGCCCAAUACAAUGUCUCCAUUCAUUGGCAUGGCAUUAGACAAAUAAGAACGGCGUGGGCUGACGGCCCAGAGUACGUGACUCAGUGUCCGAUUCGACCAGGACACAGCUUUACCUACAGGUUUACAAUUCAAGACCAAGAGGGUACGCUAUGGUGGCAUGCCCACAGCUCAUGGCUCAGAGCCACUGUCUAUGGAGCUCUCAUUAUUUACCCAAAGCGAGGCUCUUCAUUCCCUUUCCCUAAGCCCAAGCGCCAAUCAACUCUUCUGUUAGGAGAAUGGUGGGAUGCAAAUCCAAUAGACGUGGUGAGGGAAGCCACAAGGACCGGGGCAGCUCCUAAUAUCUCCGAUGCUUAUACCAUCAAUGGUCAACCCGGUGAUUUUUACAACUGUUCCAGCCAAGACACUGUGACAAUUCCGGUUGAUUUCGGCGAAACCAACCUCCUCCGAGUGAUCAACGCCGCUAUGAACCAAGAGCUCUUCUUCACGGUGGCCAACCACAAGCUCACCGUCGUCGGAGCCGACGCUUCAUAUCUCAAGCCCUUCACCACCGGCGUCAUCAUGCUGGGUCCAGGCCAAACUACCGACGUCCUCGUAACCGCCGACCAGCCGCCGGGCCGCUACUACAUCGCCGCCCGGGCCUACGCCAGCGCCCAAGGCGUACCCUUCGACAACACCACCACCACUGCCAUCCUCGAAUACAAGGCCGCCCCUUGCCCCGCCAAAGGCGGCUUAACCCAGCCAUCUCAGCCGUCAUUUCCGCAGUUCAACGACACCGCCGCCGCCACGGCCUUCACCUCCAGCCUCAGGAGCCCCAGGAAAGUUCCCGUGCCGGCCAACGUUGACGAGAGCCUCUUCGUCGCAUUCGGCCUUGGCCUCAACAACUGCCCAUCGGCUGCCAAUCCAAGCACGUGCCAAGGCCCAAACGGGACCCGGUUCACGGCCAGCAUGAACAAUAUAUCUUUCGUUUUCCCGUCGAGUUUUUCUAUCCUCCAAGCGUCCCAGCAAGGGAUUCCCGGAGUUUACACUACCGAUUUCCCGGCGACUCCGCCUGUGAAAUUCGAUUACACGGGCAAUGUGAGUCGGGAUCUAUGGCAGCCUAUUCCGGGGACUAAGGUGUACAAGUUGAAAUAUGGCGCAAGAGUGCAGGUUGUUUUACAGGGAACAAGUAUCGUUGCUGCAGAGAACCACCCGAUUCAUCUCCAUGGCUAUGAUUUCUACAUCAUCGCAGAGGGGUUUGGAAACUUCAACCCGGAAAACGACACGGCCAAAUUUAACCUCGUUGAUCCGCCGAUGAGGAACACAGCCAGCGUACCUGUUGGCGGAUGGUCAGUCAUUAGAUUCGUUGCUAAUAAUCCAGGGACUUGGGUAAUGCACUGUCACUUGGACGUGCACAUAACCUGGGGGCUGGCCAUGGUCUUCCUAGUGGAGAACGGAAUCGGAGAACUGGAAUCGCAGGAGCCCGUUCCGGUGGAUAUGCCUGUGUGUUAGUAGUUAAUUCCUCGCCGCCGACGAAGAUAGGAGGAAUUAAUUAAUAUAUAUAUAUUUAUAUAUUUAUAUACACACAUGAUGCAGCAGCCUAUAAUAAUUAAUAAAUUAAUAACAUCAUUAUCAGGGUCGUCAUAUCACUCAUUUUUUUGUCAUAGAGACAUAGAUCACGGAGUCCUAGUUGGUGUCUCUCUGCUUUCCCAUUAAUUCUUUUGUAAUUUUUGUUUUUCAAAUUAAUUAAGGUGCAUUAGAGAUGGUGCCAUGGUGAAACACUGAGUACCAUUUGAGUCUGAGCCAA